GGUGACAACUUACUUACCUUGUCAUAUGUUAUGUUCACUUGAUCUACCUUCAGACACGGCCAUAUUCACGUAUAUCUACAGUAUACUUCUAGAGCUUCGUGACGCUUGACCAAAAUGGGCGCUGUGCGAAACUUACUCGUCAUUUGUUUGCCGCUUGCGGUUCUGUGUCACAAUCAUGGACCCCAUUUAUCUAGUGCACCACAAGUUUCAUCUCCUAGAUUUCAACCACAAAAUAUCCCACAAACCCAACUACCAAUCUUCCCAAUAGAUGGAAGAAGAUGUAUUUCGUUGGUUCGUCGAACAAAGGUCGAGGAAUUACCCAUCCCAUAUCUAUGUAUCCCUGGAAAGCCAGGGGGCGUUCCUCUUCCUAAGAAAUCAAAUCCAAGAACAUCUGCAAUUUUAGUCAUGAUGUACUGGCAUGGUUGGAGGGUAUGUAAAUACACUAUGAAGGUACCAAUGGCGGAAUAUAUCAGAGUACCGACUUGUUGUCCUGGUUGGGAGUCUGGUCCCUCUGGCGAAUGUAGUGUCCCCAAGGGCGGACAGAUGAAUGGACCUUGCUUAAAUGGUGGUUUCGUAGCUCCUGGAAAUGGAAUGCCAAAAUGUAUGUGCCCUCCAGGUUUUAAGGGAAUAUUUUGUCAAAUGACAAAUGGAAGAGGAGAUGGCAAUAUUGGACCAUUAGGUUUACCCAUCCCAAGUUUACCUAUUCAAAGACAGCCCAUUCCAUCAAUGGACAUUGUGAUGAAUAUCUUACAACAACAAUUUAAACAAGCCAUGGGACCACUUCAAUUUGAUAUGCCCGCACCCAUCAUGCCACCAAACAUGCUCCCACCAAUGCCAUUAAUGGACACAGGACGCGGGCCUGUGCCAAACCCCACUAUGCUUAUGAACAUGAUGAUCAUGAAACAAAUGAUGCCUCUUCCAAUACUAAAAACAAAGUCUUUUAUUAAAAUUUCUAACCCUGUUUCCAAACCACCGCGUAAUCUGCCUGUACAAAAACCGAUGUCAGUGAAUAUCAAUAAUAGGUUAAACGGUAUGUCCAGAAAUAACCAACAGAGUACUGACUCAAAAAGACCCAACAACGUGGUUAACGACGUAGCCGUUGCUUCAGUCUUAGGAAACAGGCAACAGAAAAAGUUUCCACAAUUUCAGCCCAAACCCACAACACCCAUAUUCUACCAUAAAUACCAUAUUAACAAUCCACAGAAACAGAUUCUUCCUCAACAACAACCUCCAUCUUUUACUGGCAGAGUGCCAAAUAAGGAGAAAUGUGAAGACAUACUAAAGGUUGGUAUUACCCGAUGUAUUCGAGAUGCCGGCAUACAAGCUUUCCCUGCUGACAUCUUCAAAAACAGAAAUCCUAGUUUAACGAAAGCAAUUUGCGGAAAUGGUAGAAGAAUUGCUCCCUGUAUUAUGGCUGGACAGAAUGCCUGUGGUACUGGUGCCCAAGUUAUUAUUACCAGAAGAAUGUUGUCUAAUUUUUUGUCUAGUAUUGGAAUACAAUGUAACAGUAUGAUGAGCGACGCCGUGCCAAAUAUGCCUAAUUUACCAAUGAUGCCACCAAUGAAUACGGGAAGAAUGCCCUCGUUAAACAUACCAAUGCCACAAAUGCCAGGUUCACCACUUCCUUCAAUGAUUCCAAUGCCGCCAGCUUUUUUCCGUACCUUACAAGGUAUGUCAGGACAAGGGUUACCAAAACCAACACAAGUUAAUGCAGAUGUUAUGGUACCCGUGGCACCAUUGGUACAAGACUUGAAGAGACUGGAAUGUAGAAGUGGAGGGUAUGUUGUCAUUGAAGCUGGCGCCUCAGUCUGUGAGUGUCCACAGGGUUUCGAGGGUGAAAACUGUGAAAUACCUAUUUGUGAAUCUGAAUGUAUGAACGGUGGAAUCUGUGGAGUUAUUGAACAGACACCAGGAUGUAUUUGCGUUACAGGAUUUACUGGAAUUAACUGUGAAGAAGCAAUUGGUCCGAUUGUUCAAGAAACCACAGCUGAUGUCACAGUUGCCGCAGAUGAUACAGUCCUUGCUCAAGACAAUGCUCCUUUAGGUUCUGUAACAUACCCGAAGGAGAUUAAUGGUUACCCCAUUCCCCAUAUACCCAGUAAUCCGAAAAUAGAUGUUUCCACUCAGACUGACGAAUCAGCUAUAAUAAACGAACCAGUUAAAACCGAACCAACUAUUACAUCUGUAAAAAUUACUACUACUGCCGACCCUGGAGUAAAGGGAGCUGGUGCCCAAGCACAAGAUGUUGCUUAUGAGCCAAGUAAAAAUGGCCUACAAGAUGAUGCAAUAUUUAUAGCUGGAUAUCCGCUCUGGCUUAUUCUGUCCGUAUCUAUUGGGUUCCUCCUCUUGGUCUUGAUAUUUACUACAUGUGUCUUUCUUUGUGUCAAGCGAAGGUCCAAACGAGCAGUGGAUAUUACAACGGUGGCCUCAGCAUUACCAGAAAAGGUCCCUGUUAAAGAUAACAUUUACGUCGUUGGAAUUACACCACCACCGGUCUAUGAGGUAAAGGGCAUCCCGGCUUUGUCAUAUGAAGAAGCUAAGGGAGAGGUCAUCACAGGGAAUCGAGAAAACCAGAAAGAAAAUACUACAGCUACAGAAACUGGGCAAGAUGAGGAAACAGAAAAUGAAAACCCCCCAGAAGUAUCCCGAAUCUAAACAUUUAAAAAUCAGAUUACUUUACCAUAAUAAAAUAGCCUUUUGGGGCUAGAAGGACUGAAUGUUCACGUUCACGGUCUUCUAAAGCACUAACCAUAUUCGAACUGAUAAUAAAUGUAGUUUAAUUUCUGGUUUCCUGGAUGAGGGAUGGGUUAGACAGGUUGUUCUGGUGAAGGUUUUAGUGGUAGUUUAAUAAAGUUACUGGGAUUCCACAUUAAUAUAAAGAACAAUUUGACUAUUGUGUUAUUUUCACGAAGAUACUUCAGCAAAUAUUUAAUUAUGACAUUAAAGAAGCGUUACACAAUAUGAUUUUAAUUGAACUGAUAGAACGGGAGCCCAGGGGGUUAACCUAGCUGAAAAGUGUAUCAAUUUUCUCCUAUAUGGUAUCAAUUUAUGUAUAUCUGGU